AUGCGUUAUCAAUUACCAACACGUCUGCAAGCUGCUAUUCUCGACUGGGCUGGUACUGUAGUUGAUUUUGGCAGUUUUGCACCAACCAAGAUCUUUGUUGAAGCCUUUGGCAGUUUCGGCAUAGAAGUGAGCUUAGAAGAAGCACGUGGACCUAUGGGUAUUGGUAAACGAGAUCAUAUUCGUACACUUUGCUGUCAACCGUCGAUUGCCGAACGCUUUCAUCAUCGCUUCGGACGCUCACCGAAUGAUAACGACGUAAAUGAGAUCUAUAACCGAUUUAUACCAUUACAAGUUGCCAAAGUGGCAGAAUAUUCGACAUUGAUCCCAGGUGCAUUAGACACUAUUGCUGAAUUGCGGAAAGUCGGUUUAAAGAUUGGUACGACGUCUGGUUAUCCCAAAGAAGUAAUGCAAAAACUAACAGCAGAAGCUGCCGCUAUUGGCUAUUUACCAGAUUAUACAGUAGCAACUGAUGAGGUACCCAAAGGUCGUCCGAGUCCAGCACAAGCAUUAGCUAAUGCAAUUGCUCUCGAAGUUGAUGAUGUAGCGGCUUGUGUCAAAGUAGAUGAUACUCCACCAGGUAUUAUCGAAGGUCGCAGUGCAGGAAUGUGGACUGUAGCAUUACGGUUCUCUGGAAACUUUCUCGGUCUAACAUGGGAUGACUAUUGUGCCCUUUCAUCCGAUCAAUUGAAUUCUGAACGCCAACGCAUUGAUCAACUAUUUGCUCCUAGUAAUCCCCAUUAUAUCAUUGAUACUAUUGCAGAACUACCUCCAAUAAUUGUCGAAAUCAAUGCACGUCUCACACGUGGUGAACAUCCUGCUCAGCAUUAA